AUGACUGCGUUGGCAGGGGCAAUACCAAGGAUGAUGCGCCCCAUGCUGGCUCAGAACUAUCCACACAGUGGCUUCCCACUGGAAGUCUCAACCCCGUUAGGCCAAGGUAGAAUGAACCAGCUCGGGGGAGUUUUCAUAAAUGGCAGACCUUUGCCCAACCAUAUCCGCCAUAAGAUCGUCGAAAUGGCCCACCAUGGCGUCAGGCCAUGCGUAAUCUCCCGUCAGCUACGCGUCUCUCACGGUUGCGUUUCCAAAAUCCUCUGCCGGUACCAGGAGACCGGCUCCAUCCGACCCGGGGCCAUCGGGGGAAGCAAACCCAAGCAGGGGACGACACCUGAUGUUGAGAAGAGAAUAGAGGAGUACAAGCGUGACAACCCGGGUAUGUUUAGCUGGGAGAUUCGGGAUAAAUUACUGAUGGAUGGGAUAUGUGACCGGAACACCGUUCCAUCAGUGAGCUCUAUCAGUCGCAUCAUGAGGAGUAAAUUCGGAGGGAAGGGAGAUGACGAUGAUGAUGAAGAUGAAAUCGAGAAAAAGGAAUUAGAAGAACAUGAACGGCGGGCCAAACACAGCAUCGAGGGCAUCUUAGGAGACCGAUCGAGCCACUCAGAUGAGGGGUCGGACGUGGAGUCAGAACCGGACCUGCCUCUGAAGAGGAAGCAGCGCCGCAGUAGAACCACCUUCUCGGCUGAACAGUUGGAUGAGCUGGAGAGAGCCUUCGAACGAACACACUACCCUGACAUCUACACGAGGGAAGAGCUUGCUCAGAGGGCCAAACUCACAGAGGCCAGAGUACAGGUGUGGUUCAGUAACAGAAGAGCUCGGUGGAGGAAGCAGGCUGGAGCAAGUCAGCUCAUGGCCUUUAAUCACCUGAUCCCUGGGGGUUUCCCGCCCUCUGCCAUGUCCAGUCUCUCACCUUAUCAGCUGUCUGACAGCCCAUAUCCCCCUACAUCCAUAUCACAAGUGGUGUCGGAGCAGCCCAGCACACUGCAUCGGCCCCAGCCCCUGCCCCCCUCCUCAGGCCACCACCAGAGCUCAGGUGGGGGAGGGCAGGAUGUGGGGUCGGCCUACUGCCUGGCCACUGGACGCCACGGCUUCUCAGGCUACUCGGACAACUUUGUCACGUCAGGAGGCCCUCCCAACUCCCAGAACCCAUCCAACGGCAAUGGCCUCUCUUCCCAGGUGAGGUGUCAGGUGAUGGGUCUGUUGAACCCAGGCGGGGUGCCCCACCAGCCCCAGAGUGACUACGCCCUCUCCCCCCUGACAGGAGGCUUGGAGCCCCCCGGGGGCAUGGGGGCCAGCUGCUCCCAGCGUCUGGAGGGCCUGUCCAGUGUCCCCAACAUCCCCAGUCUCCCCUCGCUGCCCAACUCCCAGUCCUACUGCCCGUCCUCCUACAGCGCUCCUGCCUACAGCGUGGACCCUGUGGCCUCCUACCAGUAUGGGCAGUACCACGGACAAAGUGCCCUUCAUUAUUUGAGACCUGAGAUCACCUGA